AUAAAAUGGAAGUUGAAUCAGUGUGUUAAAAGGGGAAUAGGUGAAAUGGAAGUAGAUUAUUCGGCUCAUCCAUUCAUUCGUUAACGAGACGGUAUCCUCCGGUUGUGUGGUGGGAUCUCGCUGACGUUACGAACAGGUUGUUCUGGCCAACCGGCAAAAUGAGGAUGAUCACCUUCUUCCUGGUCGGACUGACGGUCCACGUGAUCUUCUUUAUUUCUAUCUUCGACAUCUACUUCACCUCCCCCCUGGUCCACGGCAUGACGCCCCAGGCUAUACCGCUGGCCCCACCCGCCUCCAGACUGGUGUUACUGGUGGCCGAUGGCCUCCGAGCGGACAGUCUCUUCACCUUACUCCCCAAUGGCUCAACCAGGGCCCCGUUCCUGAGGAGUGUGAUGGAGGAGACAGGCACCUGGGGUGUGUCUCACACGCGUGUGCCCACUGAGUCUCGACCUGGUCACGUUGCUCUCAUCGCAGGCUUCUAUGAGGAUGUUAGUGCUGUCGCUAAAGGCUGGAAGGAGAAUCCUGUUGAGUUUGACUCUGUGUUUAAUGAGAGCAGGCACACCUGGUGCUGGGGCAGCCCUGAUAUUCUGCCGAUGUUUGCCCAAGGUGCCAGUGGAGACCAUGUGCACACCCACACGUACCCAGCAGCGGAGGAGGACUUUGCCUCCACUGAUGCCUCCAGGCUUGACACUUGGGUGUUCACUCAAGUCAAAUCGUUCUUUCAGACGGCAAAGUCUAACUCCAGUCUGAGGGCCAGUGUCCUGGAGGAUAAGAACGUCUUCUUCCUGCAUCUGCUCGGCAUCGACACCAACGGCCACGCUCACAGACCGAUGUCGCCGGAGUACCUGGAUAACAUUGCUUUAGUUGACACUGGUGUGGCUGAGCUGGUGUCCAUAGUGGAGGAAUUCUUUGGUUAUGAUGGCAGAACAGCCUACGUGUUCACCUCUGAUCAUGGCAUGACAAACUGGGGCUCUCACGGUGCAGGGCAUCCCUCUGAGACGCUCACCCCUCUAGUGGUGUGGGGAGCUGGAGUCCAAAGGGCUCGUAGAGUCACUGAACCCCAACUGUAUGACGAUGGCUACCUUCAAGAUUGGAAACUGGAGCACCUCCACAGGGCGGACGUCAGUCAGGCGGACAUUGCUCCCCUCAUGGCUUCUCUCAUCGGCGUGCCCUUUCCUGUCAACUCAGUUGGGGUUUUGCCUCUUCUCUACCUGAACAACAGUGACCUGUUCAAAGCAGAGAGCAUGUACACUAACGCCAUUCAAGUACUACAGCAAUUCAAGAUGAAAAUGACCCAGAAAAAGGAGACAACCUUGUCCUUUCUCUUCACCCCAUAUCAACAGCUGACUGAGUCAAAACAAGCAGAGUUCACCCACAAGGCUAGAAUACUGAUUCAGCUGGAGAAGUACGGAGAUGCCAUCUCUCUGUGCAAGUCUCUGAUCUCCCGCUCCUUGGAGGGCCUGGCGUACUACCAUACCUACGACAGGUUCUUCCUGGGCUGCAGUGUGGUGCUGGGAUUUGUAGGCUGGACCUCAUAUGUUGUCAUGGUCAUCCUGAAGACUCACGCCAGCCUCCACAGACACCCCAGUCUCCUCAACCAGACUCGCAGCUAUACCCUGGAGAGGCUGUGUCUAUGUGUGACUGUAGUGAUCUCUGGGUUCCUGCUGGUCCAAAGGAGCCCGAUUACCUAUUAUAUCUACUGCCUGCUGCCGGUCCCUGUAUGGUACUCUGUCCUGAAAGAGUCAGGCACUCUGAAAGAUCUGAUCAAGUCGGCGCCUGCUCUUCCACUGUGGAAAUGUUUGGGCUAUUUUGUGCUGGUGGCAUUUGGGAUUGAGUUGCUGGUGGUGAGCUUCUUCCAUCGCGCCAUGCUGACUGUGGGCCUGGCUGUCCUAUCCCUCUGGCCCUUCAUGUCGGGACUUUUCGGGAAGGCCAAGCUCCGCUCUUUGAGCUGGUUUCUCGGCUGCUUGUUUUUGGCUCUUUUCCCCCUGAUGCCGGUUGUCGGUAGAGAGGCCAACAUCCAUCUGGUGACCUGUGCAGGUGUGCUCGCCCUCUUCACGUCAGCCUGUUACCUCUGGUCAUCGAGACAGAGAACGCCGCUGAGCUUCGGUGACAGACAGCAGUUUAUUACCCAGAUGCUCCAUGUGGCAGUGUGCGCGUACGUGCCCUCGCUCACACACUCCAGCCUGCAGCAAAAGCAGGGCCUGCCGCUUCUCAAUCAGAUCAUCAGCUGGACCACGUUAGGCUCGUCCAUACUGGUUCCAUUGUUGAGCUCUACUCGGCUCUUCCAUCGACUCCUCAGCAUAUUCCUCUCUCUCACGGCCACGUACCUGCUGCUCAGCACCGGGUCAGAGGCCUUGUUCCUCCCUGUGUUAUCUUGGCUUAUGUUUGUGUGGAUCAACAUUGAGCAGGAAGCCAUGCUUGCACAGGGUGUCUCUGGCAGGCAGGAGCUCUCCACUAUUGAUUUCUCCGCAAACAUUGACAUCGCCAAGAUCCGACAUCUGAAGUUGGAUGACAUCAGAAGAUCUUAUUUCUUCGUAUUUUUUAUAAUAACAGCUUUCUUCGGAACAGGGAACAUAGCCUCCAUUAACAGUUUUGACCCAGCAUCCGUUUAUUGUUUCCUGACUGUGUUCAACCCCUUCAUCAUGGGAGGACUGAUGAUGUGGAAGGUGAUCAUUCCAUUCAUCAUAGUAAUGUGCACAUUUGAGACCAUCCAAGUUGUGACACAGCUUUCGGCCAGAAGUUUGUUCCUCAUAGUCCUGGUCAUCUCCGACCUGAUGGCUCUGCACUUUUUCUUCCUGGUGCAGGACUACGGCAGCUGGUUGGACAUUGGAACGAGCAUCAGCCACUAUGUGAUCGUGAUGUCGAUGACCAUCUUCCUGAUGCUGCUCAGCGUGGUCACACACAUCCUCACCUCACAAAGACUCAUCUUGUGGCGGAGACACAAGUCGCACUUCACUUGAAUUAGCAUUUACACACACACACACUAAUGCUUGUUACUCCAUAAGUUACAUUUUUAUUUAAUUUUUAGAUAUUUUCAUGAAGCAUUUGUUCCAUUAAACUGGUUUGUGUACAUAUGAUAAGAUGUAUUGUUAUAGGACUCUUGAUGGUAGUUAUUGGGCAUUAGGAAGUAGUAGUAUAUAUCAUACUGUGUAAAACACUUACACCACUGACGUUUUCUAUGUUAGUUAGAUGCUUUAAAGCCACUUCUCGUGACUGUAAAAGGGACUUGCUUCAGGUUUUCAUUCUUAGUUGAAUAUACUUUUGUCUCCAAAUAAGUUUUAUUGUUUAUAGUUUUUUAUCGUUUGUUAUUUCAAGCACUAAAUAACGUUCAAGUCAUCUCAGAUGGAUCAUUUUAAUAUAACAUAGUCGAGAGCGGCCUAAGACAUUUGCACGGUACUGUUUGCACUGUUCAUUUUUUUUUACACCCACUCAGUGUCUCCAGCACAUUGCUUUAGCAUUAAUCAUUGAUGAACUGACUGAGACUACUUGAAUAUUUGACCGUGAAUUAUGUCUUUGCCGGGGGGAGUUGAUUUAUGAUCCACGAGAAGGAUAACUGUUUAAGUCUGUAACUGCUUCCUGUAAAGCUGCCUAAACAUUACCCUGUUUAUAGGAAAUGAUGCCGUUUUAAUUUAUUGUCACUAUGUAUGGACCAAUAAAACUGAAAGAGAGGUAAAAACAAA